AUGACUGGGCAGCUGCCGUCGCCAGCCAAUCGCACGCGCUUCAAGACACCAGAAGGGCGUUACCUGCUGUCGCACGAGAAGGUUCACCCGGCCGGGCUUAUCCAGUACACCCAUCAGCGCAAUCCCACCAAGAUCACAUUAGCGCAUCUCGAGGACCGGCCUCCGCCUCUUCCGCCUCCGUCGCCGUCACCUGUUGCCACGUCAGCAGGUUCCAGAUUCGCCAAGAACUUCUUAGGGGCGGGGAGCGGCACGCGUGGACUGCCUUUCGGCGGCGGAAAUGGCCGUCAGUCAGCAGCGGCGCCAGCAGCCAGUGGCGCGUCCGCGGGCACGGGGAGUGCAGGGGGGAGCAAUGGGGCGGUGGGGGGAGCAGGCGGAGCGGGAGGGGCGGGGGAGAAGGAGAAGGCGGGGGGCGAGGGCGAGGGGUCGUACGUGAUCUUUAACGUUGGCGAAUCACUCUUUGUCGCGGACGCCAACAGCACGGACAAGGAGCCCCUGAAGGCGCUGCAGUUCAUGGGGGCGAGCGGGCUGUGCCACGCGUUUGACGGUGCUGUGGCGAGCAGGGAGGCACAGGGCACGGCGGGCAGAGACGCACACGACCUGCUCAUCGCCACCACUGCCGGCGACAUCUACACAGCAUCGCUGAGAGCCCAGCUAGCAGACGGCAGCAAGAAGCUGGUGGGGGCGGCACACUACAGCCCGCGGGACGGCACCGGCAGCAGCAGCGGCAGCGGGGGGAGCAGCAGCGGGGGGGGCAAGGAGGGCAGCGGCGGCAGCAGCAGUCGGUGCACGGCAGUGGCGUGGGUGCCGGGGGGAGAUGGGCUGUUUGUGACGGCGCAUGCGGAUGGGAACGUGUAUGUCUUUGACAAGCACCGUGAUGGCACCACGGAGGCAGGCUUUCCGCCCAUCAAGGACGUGCAUGCCUUCUCCACCGCUCAUGCGCGCUCCAACAAGAGCAACCCGUUGGCGCGGUGGCACAUCUCGCCAUCAUCAAUCAACGCCCUCGCCUUCUCGCCCUCGGGCUCACACCUGGCCACUGUCUCCCGUGAUGGCUACCUGCGAGUGUAUGACUGGGAGCGAGAGGCCCUGGAGGGCGGGUGCAAGAGCUACUACGGGGCGUUCCUGUGCUGCGCGUUCAGCAGCGACGGGCGGCUGGUGGCGGCAGGCGGGGAGGACGAUUUGGUGGCCGUGUGGGACCGCCACUCCCACUCCGUGCUGGCGUGGUGCGAGGGGCACUGCUCGUGGGUCACAGCAGUGGCGUUCCACCCCUUCCUCUCCACCACGCCCCCCCACCGACCGCCAUCUCUCUGUCUCAACAUAGCACUCUCUCCCUUCUUCCGCUCCGCUCUCUCCCUGCAGGUCACAGCAGUUGCGUUCGACCCCUUCCUCCCCGCCAUCCCCCCCCCGCCCUCCACCAUCGCCUCCCCCCCCUCCACCACAGCUGCCGCCGCCGCCACUCCACCCUCCUCCUCCCCCAUCCCCACCAGCAGCGCCAGCACGGGCAGUGGUGCGGGUGGGAGUGUGGUAGUGGCGGCGGGUGGGGCCGAGGGGAGCUACAGACUGGGGUCCGUGGGGCAGGACACGCAGCUGUUGCUGUGGGACAUAGCUUUAGAUGAUGUGGUGCUCCCCUUGCGCCUCCAUGCAUCCCAUCCGCACCACCAGUCAGCAGCUGCCACGUCAGCAUCCCACCCUCAUGACGUGGCAUCGACCAGAACCCCGCCAACCGCCCACUCGCAUUCUCGCUCGCACUUCUCCCACUUCCACUCUCACGCACCCGGCCAUGCCUCUCCCAACCGAACACAUGGCGCCACAUCAGCGUCACCAUCCACGUCAGCGGCAGGAGCUACCACGUCAGCGUCAUCAUUAGGUCUGGGCAGAUCCAGCGGUGCCCGGAGCUCCAGUGGGGCAGGGAGUGGCGCCGGUGGGGCCGGCAGCAGCAGCAGCAGUGGGGGCGGGGUUGGCAGCGGUGGUGGCAGCAGCAGUGGGGCUUUAAGAGAUGCAUCGGCAUCGAAUGCAUCACAUGCAAGCAAUGCAGCAGCGGUGCUGGUGCCUCCUCCUUCCCGCAAGGACGUGCCGCGAAUAUCGCCAGUGAUGGCGCAUAAGGUGCACGUGGAGCCGCUGUCAGCACUCGCCUUCUCACAAGACGCCGUGCUGACCGCCUGUCACGAGGGCUGCGUUAAGCUCUGGCUGCGACCAGGCGCCACCCCCCCUCCCGGCAGCAUUGCCGCCACCUCCACUCCUGCCCCUUCUGGUGCCGGUGCUGCGCCUGUUCCUGCUGCUGGUGUUGCUGCUGCUGCCACUGCAGCCGUGCCUGCAGCGUCCGCGUCGCCUCUCCGGGGGGACCCCCAGUCAGCCUCUCCCGCCCUCCAUCUGUCCAACCGGGGGCCUGCCAGCCACCGCACGGGCACGGCAGAAGCUGCUGCUGCUGCUGGUGCUGGUGCUGGUGCUGGUGUUGUAUUGCAUACAACUGUUGCCAUGCUCUCACAGGUGGCAAGGGCAUGGGAUGAUGUUGAUUAA